AAGAAAUCGAUAAAACACUCGUAGAAAUGAACGAUCGAUAGGGAGGAGGGCAUGUCGGGUCAGAUCGCACUCAGUAGUAGCUGGGUCGUCUCGGGAGGGUUUUCAUAGUGGAUUAGAGCGUCUUGCCUACGUUUCCUUUCCCUUGUUUCGAAGAGCCACAUUCCUCUCGUAUCAUCAUAACGUUGCUGUUGCUGGUGCCGCUCACAUUCCAGUAGUAGUGCAAGUGCCGCAAGCGAGACUCAGGCUCAGGAAGUAAAAGUUCGACGGUCUGGACCUUGGCGAGAUGUUCGUUCAACGUUCCCGAAACGCAAGGGCGUUGGUGGGCCGUAGCCUACACACGACCCCCACCCCGCAUUCCCCUACGACGACCCCCUCCUCUCAAUCCCCCUACACCUCCGUCCUCUCCCGUGCAGGCCCGCUGUACGAACAGGAGCCCGCCGUAGCUUCCCGGUUGAUCGCGAGCAGUCGGACGAAGAACUUGGUCCCCAUCAAGACGAACAUCAGGGGGACCGAGUUGUUGAACACGCCCAGGUUGAACAAGGGCGCGGCGUUCACCAGGGAAGAACGAGCGAUCUUUGGGUUGGAAGGGAUGAUCCCCUAUGAGAUUCACGACCUCACCAAACAGGUCGCUCGAGCCUACCACCAACUCCAAAAACAACCCACCGUCAUCCUCAAGCACGCCUUUCUCGCUUCCAUGCGUGAUCAGAACCAGGUCCUCUUUUACCGUCUGAUGCAGGAUCACCUGAAAGAGUUGUUGGGAAUCCUCUACACGCCCGGUGCGGCCGAGGCGGUCAUGGGGUACAGUUAUCUGUUCAGGCGGCCUUUGGGUUGUUUCAUCAGCUUCCCCAACCAAGACGGCAUGAGGGCUCAGUUGGAAGCCCACGUGGAAUCGUUGGAGAAACAGGCCGAUUUGACGGCCCUCGCUGAGCGGGCGGAUUCGUCCAGUCUGAUCGAUCUCAUCGUCGUGACCGAUAGCGAAGCCGUCCUCGGAAUCGGUGACCAAGGUGUCGGUGGUAUCACCAUCUCCCUCUCCAAGGCCGCCCUGUACACUCUCGGAGCCGGUAUCCAGCCCAACCGAAUCCUCCCCGUCGUACUCGACCCGGGUACCGAUAACCAUAUCCAGUUCUCGGACCCGUUGUACCUCGGAUGGAAGCGGGGUAGAGUCAGGGGAAAGCUUUACGACAAAUUCGUCGACAAGUUCAUUCAGCACUGCCGAGAGCUCUUCCCCAACGCCUUGAUCCACUUCGAGGACUUUGGUCUGCAGAACGCUCAGCGAUUGUUGGACAAAUACAAGGAUGUCAUUCCCUGUUUCAACGAUGAUAUCGAGGGAACCGGUGCCGUUGCCUUGGCCGCUCUACUUUCUGCCGUCGGUGUUACCAAGUCCAAGUUGAGCGAACAGCGAAUCGUUGUCUACGGUGCUGGUAGCGCUGGUAUGGGUAUCGCCGAUCAGAUCCGUGAUGGAAUGAUGCUUCUUGAGGGUAUCACUAAGGAGGAGGCCAACAAGCGAUUCUGGUGUAUUGACCGAAACGGUCUCUUGGUCGAAUCCAUGGGCAACUCGCUUCGACACGCCCAGCUCUCCUACGCUCGACCGGAUGAGGAGUGUGUCGGCUGGGACACUGAGAACCCCGACCAGAAGGGUUACUACCUGCAGGAUGUCAUUCACAAUGUCAAGCCUACCAUCUUGAUCGGAACUUCUACCCAUGCCCGAGCGUUUACUGAGGAUAUCGUCAAGGAGAUGGCGAAGCACGUCGAGAGGCCCAUCAUCUUCCCGUUGUCCAACCCGACUGCGCUUGCCGAGUGUGAUCCUUCCGAUGCAAACACCUGGACCGAAGGUCGUGCCUUGUUGGCCACCGGUUCGCCUUUCCCUCCUUGCGAGUACAACGGCAAGACCUACAUUCCCGCCCAAAACAACAACGCCUUGAUCUACCCGGGUCUCGGUCUUGGAACAAUCCUCUCCCGAGCGAGAACGAUCUCGCCUGGCAUGUUUAUGGCCGGUAUCCAGGCCCUCGCCAACCUGGCACCCGCCCUGCACGAUCCCAACGCGUCUUUGCUUCCCGAUCUUGCCGAGGUCAGGGAGGUCUCGGUCCACGUUGCCGCUGCCAUUGUCAGGCAGGCAUGCAAGGAGGGACGAACGCGAGAUGAGACGGUGCUGAAGGUCGUGAACGGUCAGCUUGGAGAGGGAUUGGAGGAGUUUAUCCGGGGCUCGAUGUGGGAUCCUGUCUACCGUCCUCUGGAAUUGAUCGAUUAGAUGCCGGCGUUUCAGUCAAGACUGUAGUAGAUUAUUAGAUACCGGAACAUGAAUCUUGUUUCUUCUCGCCAGCGAGACAACGCUCGGGAUCGGGUGUCUAAUAGUCUUGCUUUCAAGGAUGAUAUAGUAGCCCUUGCUGAUGAGCACCUCGAGGAAGAAGCUUUGAUGUCGAAACGCGGCUUACCAUAGGACUACCGGCCGCUGUGUAAAUUACUUGAUGUGCAGUUUUGAGCACCGGAGAUCCGCGCCAGCUAUUUGACCUAAACAAGAG